CUAGGCGAGGACCUAAACAUGGCGGAGGUCUCCUCAGCGUCCCGAAGCUCGCGCGGGCGUGCGGAUGGGGAAGAUGCGGCUUCCCCUGAGGAGGUGAUGACGGAGAUGGACGGGGACGACCGGGAGCAAUUCGAGUGCCACGAACUGCUCGCAUGCCCGGUGCAGUUGGAGGAUUCUGAGGAAGAGGAGACGGACGCGGAGGACGUGGACCCCGUGGCGGAGGCCGAGACCGUGGCCGCCGGCUGGAUGCUCGAUUUCCUCUGCCUGUCUCUGUGCCGGGCUUUCCGCGACGGCCGCUCCGAGGACUUCCACCGCACCCGCGACAGCGCGGAGGCUAUUAUUCAUGGACUAUCUAGUCUUACAACCUAUCAGUUGAGAACUAUAUACAUAUGUCAGUUUUUGACAAGAAUUGCAGCAGGAAAAUCCCUUGAUGUACAGUUUGAAAGUGAUGAACGUAUUACACCCUUGGAAUCAGCCUUGAUGAUUUGGACUUCAAUUGAAAAGGAGCAAAAUAAACUUCAUGAAGAAAUACAAAAUUUAAUUAAAGUUCAGGCAGUAGCUGUUUGUCUGGAAAAUGGCAAUUUUAAGGAAGCAGAAGAAGUAUUUGAACGAAUAUUUGGUGACCCAGAUUCAUAUACGUCUUUAGAAAGGAAAUUGUUUACAAUAAUCUCUCAGAAAGCUACAUACCACUCCUUUUUUCAACACUUCAGCUACACCGACAUGAUGGAAAAAAUUAAGAAUUAUGUGAACUAUGUGGUAAAUGAAAAAUCAUCAACUUUUCUAAUGAAGGCAGCAACAAAAGUAGUAGAAAGUGAAAAAGCAAGAAUAAUGACAUCUCAAGAUAAGCCCAAUAAGAAGAACAUUGAAAUGGAAACUGAAGUUGAUUUAUGUAAAGGAAAAAGGUCUCACAAGGAUCUCUUUUUAUCAAAGUUAUCACUUGGAAGCAGUCAACAGUACGUUAGUAAGAAAGAAAAAGUGGAAGCUCUUCAAAGUGGAAAAAGGAAAAAAGAAAACAAAAGAACCACUGAAAAUAAGAGAUCAUACGCUGCAGAGGAUCAUUGCAUAAGUCCCCGAAAGCAGAGAUCUAGGAAAAAACAGAAGGCAUGGCUUUGGGAAGAAGACAGUAAGUUGAAGUCUGGUGUGAGGAAAUUUGGAGAAGGAAACUGGACAAAAAUAUUAUUACAUUACAAAUUCAAAAACAGAACAAGUGUCAUGUUAAAAGACAGAUGGAGAACUAUGAAGAAACUAAAACUGAUUUAAUCAGACAUGACAAUGAAGACUGAUUACAUUUGUCAGAACUUGGAAAAGAUAUUAAAUACUGUCCCUACAUUUUUUUGAAACUUGGUGGCCAUUAUUUUAAAAUUUUGUUUAGAGCAUUAAUUUUUUUCCUGUAACCUUAAGUGAAUGAGGAUUUGUGUGAACUUAUAUGCCAUCAUUGUAUACUUCAAAAAUCUUUAUUUUGACAAAAAUGUAAAUAUAUUUUAUGUAUAUAAAAAUAAAGCCUAAUUGACAACCAAAA